ACCAUGGGGCACCUGGAGCUGCUAAUCGUGGAGAACUUCAAAUCUUGGCGGGGCCGCCAGGUCAUCGGGCCCUUCAAGAGGUUUACGUGCAUCAUUGGCCCCAACGGCUCCGGAAAAUCUAAUGUAAUGGAUGCACUUAGCUUCGUAAUGGGAGAGAAAAUAGCUAAUUUGAGAGUCAAAAGUAUUCAAGAACUUAUUCACGGUGCACAUGUUGGAAAACCUGUUUCUUCUUCUGCAAGUGUAAAAAUUGUAUAUCUGGAGGAAAGUGGAGAAGAGAAGACAUUCACACGAAUUAUCCGAGGGGGAUGCUCAGAAUUCCAUUUUGGUGACAACCCUGUGACUCGCUCUGCCUACAUAGCAGAGUUGGAGAAGAUAGGCAUAAUAGGCAAGGCACGGAACUGUCUCGUUUUUCAGGGAACUGUGGAGUCCAUUUCCAUGAAAAAGCCCAAAGAAAGAACCCAGUUUUUUGAGGAGAUCAGCACUUCAGGAGAGCUUCAGAAAGAGUAUGAGGAAAAAAAGAAAAAGUUACAAAAGGCCGAGGAAGAUGCACAGUUUAAUUUUAAUAAGAAAAAAAAUGUAGCCGCAGAGCGCAAGCAUGCAAAAUUAGAGAAAGAAGAGGCAGAGCACUACCAAAAUCUCCUUGAAGAACUGAAACUAAACAAGAUUCAACUGCAGCUUUUUCAACUAUAUCAUAAUGAGAAAAAAAUUCAUUUCCUGAACCUUGAGCUAGAGCAUGUAAAUAGGGAUUUAAGUGUCGUAAAAAAGUCCCAAUCUCAUCAUGAAAACGUAGUUAAAGCCAAGAAAAAGGAACAUGGAACGCUAACUAGACAGCUACAACAAACAGAGAAAGAACUGAAAUCUCUUGAAGUACUUUUAAAUCAAAAGAGGCCUCAGUACAUUAAAGCCAAAGAAAACACUUCUCACUACCUCAAGAAAUUGGAUAUGUCUAAGAAGUCAAUAAAGGACUGUGAGAAACAAUGUUCUAAGCAGGAAGAUGACAUAAGAGCCUUGCAGACAGAGCUGGUUGAUUUAGAUAGUGCAUGGAAAAGUUUUGAAAAACAGAUUGAAGAAGAAAGCUUACAGAGAGGGCGAGACAUUGAACUGGAAGCCAGUCAGCUGGAUCACUAUAAGGAACUUAAGGAACGAGUAAGAAGGGAAGUGGCGAGCCUGACUCAGCAGCUGGAGAAGCUGCAGUGGGAGCAGAGAGCAGAGAAAGAAAGACUCGCGCUGGAGAGCCGGCGGCGCGGGGAGGCUCAGGGAAAUCUAAAACAAGUAAAAGAACAAAUAGAAGAUCACAAAAAACGAAUAGAAAAGUUGGAAGAAUAUAUAAAGACAUGCAUGGAUUUCUUGAAUGAGAAAAGACAGCAAGAGGAAACCAUGGUGGGGGAAAUUGGAAAAGCAAAAUCAAGAAUGUCUGAAGUUAAUGAAGAACUGAAUCGUAUCAGGAGUGACUUGCAGAAUGCGGGAAUUGACAGCCACGAGGGAAACCGGGAGCUCAAGAGAGCAGAAGCGCUGGAGCGCCUUAAGUGGCUCUACCCAGAUUCCGUGUUUGGAAGGCUGCUUGACCUGUGUCACCCCAUUCAUAAGAAGUACCAGCUGGCUGUGACCAAGCUGUUCGGCCGGUACAUGAUAGCCAUCGUAGUAGCCUCUGAAAAGGUGGCCAAGGACUGCAUCCGAUUUCUGAAGGAGGAAAGGGCUGAGCCUGAGACAUUCCUUGCUCUAGAUUACCUCGAUAUCAAGCCAAUCAAUGAAAGACUAAGGGAGAUCAAAGGUUGUAAAAUGAUGGUUGAUGUCAUAAAAACUCAAUUUCCUCAGCUGAAGAAAGUGAUCCAGUUUGUGUGUGGAAAUGGUCUUGUUUGUGAGACUGUGGAAGAAGCGAAACACAUUGCAUUCGGGGGACCUGAAAGACGGAAGACAGUAGCUCUUGAUGGAACACUCUUUUUAAAAUCCGGGGUCAUCUCUGGAGGAUCAAGUGACCUAAAACACAAGGCUCGAUAUUGGGAUGAGAAAGAGUUAAAGGCGCUAAGAGACCAAAGAAACCAGCUGGUGCAAGAGCUAAAGGACUUAAUGAAGGUACUCCGCAAGGAGACAGACUUGAAGCAAAUACAGACCCUAGCGCAGGGAACCCAGACACGACUCAGAUAUUCACAGAGUGAAAUAGAGAUCAUUAAGAAGAAGCACCUUGUUGCUGCUCAGCAGGAGCAAUCUCAGCUACAGAGUGAGCUACUGAACAUUGAAUCUCAGUGUGCUAUGUUAAGUGAAGGAAUCAGAGGACGGCAACAGAGAAUUGAAGAAUUUCAAGGAAAGAUAGAUAAGGUAGAAGAUGAAAUCUUCCAUGACUUCUGUGAAGAAAUUGGCCUGAAAAAUAUUCGUGAAUUUGAAAAUAAACAUGUUAAACAGCAACAAGAAAUUGAUCAAAAAAGAUUAGAGUUUGAAAAACAAAAAACCCGGCUUAAUAUUCAGCUUGAAUACAGUCGCAAUCUGCUGAAGAAGAAACUGAGCAAAAUCAGCACAUUGAAAGAAACUGUCCAGAAAGGUAGAGAAGACAUGGACCGCCUGAGGAAGGUGGAGGAUGACUGUCUGCAGGUUGUGGAAGAACUCUUGGCAAAGCAGAAGCAGCUUAAGGAUGUACUAGUCGCUCAGAAUUCCAGUGCUGAGAAAGUUCACACUCAGGUUGAGGAGGAGCGGAAGAAGUUUCUGGCUGUUGAUAGGGAAGUAGGAAAAUUGCAAAAAGAAGUUGUGGUAAUUCAGACUUCGCUGGAACAGAAACGCUUAGAGAAGCAUAACUUGCUGCUGGAUUGUAAAGUUCAAGACAUUGGAAUAACUCUUUUGUUGGGGUCCCUGGAUGAUAUCAUUGAAGUGGAGUUGGGAACUGAAGCAGAAAGUACACAGGCAACAACUGAUAUCUAUGAAAAGGAAGCUGCUAUGGAAAUGGACUACAGCCCUCUGCAGGGGGAGUUGAAGGCUCUGCAGUCAGAUAAGGAGGUGGAGGCCCACCUCACACUGCUGAUGAGGCAAGUGGCAUCCCAGGAAGACAACCUGCUGAAGAUGGCAGCCCCGAACCUGCGAGCCCUGGAGAACUUGAGGAUGGUCAGGGACAAGUUCCAGGAGUCCACAGACGCUUUUGAGGCCAGCAGAAAGGAAGCCAGGAUAUGUAGGCAGGAGUUUGAACAGGUGAAGAAGAGGAGGUGCGACCUUUUCAGCCAGUGCUUUGAGCACGUCUCCGUCUCAAUUGAUCACAUCUACAAGAAGCUCUGCAGGAACAACAGCGCCCAAGCAUUUCUUAGCCCAGAGAACCCUGAAGAGCCUUACUUGGAGGGAAUCAGCUAUAACUGCGUGGCCCCGGGCAAGCGGUUCAUGCCCAUGGACAACCUUUCCGGGGGAGAAAAGUGCGUGGCGGCCCUGGCCCUCCUGUUCGCGGUGCACAGUUUCCGGCCUGCACCGUUCUUUGUUCUAGAUGAAGUGGAUGCAGCCUUGGACAAUACUAACAUUGGCAAAGUCUCCAGUUACAUCAGAGAGCAGACUCAAGAACAGUUACAGAUGAUCAUUAUCUCUCUAAAAGAAGAGCUCUAUUCCAGAGCCGAUGCCCUGAUCGGCGUCUACCCAGAGCAUGACAGAGGUGUGUUCAGCCGAGUGCUGACCCUAGACCUGCGUCCCUACCCAGACACCGAAGGUGGACAAGGCGGCAGAGGACACCGAGGGUCCUAGUCCCGGUAGACGGGGUCCUGUCCUCCAGUCCCCAGCUGCAGACCUCUGGAGCCAGCAGGACCUUUGGCCACUCGGGGGUCAAGUUUCCUAGGACAGUCGGCUUUGGUUUUUCCUCAGGGGCGCUGUGUAGCAUAAUCUUCUCCUUUGCAUAAGCUUGCCAUUAAAGUGCUCAGCUGUGUGUCACCU